AUGCCUAGUAGAGGUCGGAAGAACAAAGGAUUUGCAUACGUGGACUUCAAGACCGAGGCCCAGCAGACAGCUGCAUUGUCAUUGAGUGAAACAGAUCUGAACGGCAGAAACUUGUUGAUCAAGAAGUCUGAUUCGUACGAGGGGCGGCCAACCAGGACGUUUCCUGAGUCACAUAAUCCACCUUCGCGGAUUUUGUUUGUUGGAAACCUUUCGUUUGACACCACCGAGGACCAGUUGAAAAACCAGUUUAUGCACUGUGGAGAGAUUCUAAGGGUAAGAAUGGCCACUUUUGAGGACAGUGGAAAGUGCAAGGGUUUUGCGUUCUUGGAUUUCAAAGACGAGGAAGGACCUGUAGCUGCUCUGAAGGAUAAGAGCUGCCAUAAAAUGAUGACCAGACCGUUAAGAAUGGAGUUUGGAGAGGACAGGUCAAAGAGACGGGUGAAUAGGAGUGGUGAUCAGGAGAAUGGGGGAAGCCGGGAGAUUCGAGAAACUCGCGAGACCACCACCACACCAAAGGAGACUAAUCACCACACCACCUACAGUGCUCCUCGGGCCACCUACAAAACCCCAUCCACAUCACAUGACUCUCGACCAUUUAAAAGAAGCAGAGACAAUGACUAUGCCCCUAACAAACGACUCAGAUCGUCGAUCGCUUUGGCUAUAGCUCAAAGAGAAAACCCUGGUGUGAAAGCUCAAGGUAAAAAGGUUAAAUUCUAA